CUGCCAGCCCGUCAGGAAACAGACUGGAGGUCCUCUGUCAACCGCGGAAAUGUUCAAAACAGAUCAACUGAAAGCUUUGGUGAAUGAGCGACUGAAAGCCGCAGCGGAGGAAAUAUUCCGCAUCUUUGAAACAACUAUCAAGGACUAUGAGGAGAUAGUUUUCCGUUCAAAACAGGACGUGGAUCAACAGCGGCGGAAAGCCCCAGUGCAGCUCUCAGUCCAGGAAGAGGCCCCUUCCUCUGAGCAGUGUCACUUUAAGAAGAAGACUGACCUGGGUGAGGAUGACCCGGAGCCCCUGCAGAUUAAAGAGGAGCAGGAGGAGGAACUGUGGACAGCUCAGGCAGAUGAAAUUCAGCAGGAGGAAGCUGAUACAAAAGACUCAAUGUUCAAUAUAAUUUACGUGCAAAGGAAGGAUGACGACAGAAGACAGUUCCCACAUACAAACCUCGAGGUUGAAAACAAAGGAGACCAUCUGCCCAGCAGCUCAUGUGAACAGUUGAAAUCAGAACCUGAUAAAGAAGGCUGUGGCGCAUCAGAGCCGACCAGUGACUGUCAGAUGAGUGAAGUUAGUGAGGAUGAAGGGAGAGACUGUGGAGGUGUAAACAGGAAGAAAACCCAGCAUGCUGAUGAGAGCACAGACAGACCGUACACCUGCAGCGUUUGCAACAAGAAUUUUAGGAUUAAAUCCAUUCUAACUCGCCACAUGAAGACACACACAGGAGAGAAACCUUACAGUUGCAGUGUUUGUGGUAAAAGCUUCAUCCAGCGCUCUUAUCUACACACUCACAUGAAUUCUCACUCCGGACAGAAACCGCACACAUGUAGUUUCUGUGGCAGAGGCUUCACACAAGUUGGAAACAUGAACGCCCACAUACGGAUCCACACGGGAGAGAAACCUCACAGCUGCACUGACUGUGGUAAAAGUUUUAGAGAGAAAGCGGAUCUCAUCAAGCACACAAUAAUUCACACUGGUGAGAAACCUUACAUUUGCACUGUAUGUAAAAUGAAAUUUAGCGCUCAAUCAAAUUUAACGCGCCACAUGAAGACGCAUUCAGGGGAGAGGCCAUAUGGUUGCCACGCUUGUGGGAAAAAAUUCAUUCGACGCUCACAUUUACUGAUUCAUAUGAAGACUCAUGCAGGAGAACAUCUCUAGACUGGAGAAAUUAUUAGAUUUGCUUCAUGGUAUUUACUUAAUAAUAUCCCAGGAAGAGUGGACGAGGACUCACGUUAGAAGAGUAAAUUGUAUUAAAUAAAACCUUUUUGUAUAAACCCAUUUUAUAUGUUGUGUUGGUAUAUAGUUUCUUACUGUAAAAUAAAAAUGUUGUAAAUGUUUCUCCAAGUGACAACAUUUUUGUAUUAAGCGCAGUCCUCAAAUGUAAUUUGUUUUGAAGUUGUAAAAUAAGGUACAAGGUAUAAGAAAGGGGGGAAUAAAGC